AUGAGGCUAAGCAAGCGCAGCCUAAAGAGGAAAAAGAAGGCAGCAGCCAAGGCUGCAGUGAAGGCCUGUGAGUUCCUUCGGCGUGAAGACAAUACGAUGCCUGCCAGCUUGGCGCAGGCACAGGCUCCGCCUGCACCACCAUCUUCUCCAGUGGAGUCAAUUGAUGCGAUCUUUGCAAAAGCAAAGCGCCCUGCUACUGAUUCAGCAGGAGCGGAUGGCAAAAGCAAAAAUGGAGGCGCUUCCAAAAAGAAGGCUAUGAGACGUGCCAAGCGUCCCAAAAAUGGAUCGAUUGAUGAUCCUCUUGGCAGGUCUGGUGAUUGGGCGGAUGAUGGCCUAGGAGGCAUUUACAACAAAGAGGGCUGGACUGGUAGGCACACCGACGACAACCUGCGAAUAUUCAAGGCGCACUUGAUAAAGGUAGGACAGGGUGGUGGAAGUCCAAAUUGCCCCUUCGAUUGCGAUUGCUGCUACUAG